AUGUCAUCUCCUUUUGACGCAUCCCCUACUUUCUCGAUUGAGAGUGAGCGACUCCAAAUCUCGUACUUCUUACCUGACUCCCCCGAGCACUGUGAUUUCCUGGUCAAACUAUGGAACACAGAAGAGUUUAUCAAAACAUGCGGCCGCACUGGCGUCGAUACGCCAGAGAAGGCCUCCAAUUUCCUUCGCAAUCGCGUGCAUGCCGACUACGCCCGAAACCACUACGGCAUGUUUCUAGCCUCUCUGAAGCCGCAUAAGGAUGCAUCAUUGGCAGAAAGCACGCCCAUCGGCUCCGUGUCGUUGAUGAAAGGCGAGCCACCGAAUGCUUAUCUCGCACCCGACAUUGGAUACGCGUUUCUACCUACUCACACCGGGAAAGGAUAUGCGACCGAAGCCUCGCUGGCGCUACUGGAAUAUGCGAAAAGGGAACUCGGGGUCGAUUCGGUGUUCGGGUUUUGUGGCAAGGAAGAUACUCAUAGCGCGAGGGUGUUGCAGAAGAUCGGUCUCGAGUUUCGAGGAUCAAAGAAAUUGAGAGUUUUUGGAGGGAAGGAAAGUGCUGUUUAUGCGCUUCCUGCAAUGAGCCAGGAUCUGACGGUCUACGGAUUGGAUGAUUGA